CGAGGCCGGGGCUGAGGAGCGGCCCUGAGCGCAGACGUUGGGCAGGGGGAGGGGCCGGCCCGGCCGGCGGUUGUUGCUCGAGCGCCGCGGCGACAGGCGCCCGCCGCAGGGAUGGACCGCCGCGGCGGCGGCCGAGGCGGCGGCGGCGGAGGCGGCCGGCCCGGUGCUGCUUGCGUGCAGAGAGCUUGCCUCCUGCCUGCUCCGUGUGUCUGGCAUCUGCUUGUCCUUCAAGACCAAUCUGACUGUGUCGUCUCUGAAACCUCCACUGACACAUUCACCACCCUUUGGUGCACCAGUUAAUCACCUGUACAGCCUGUGUAUUGAUAAGAUGCUCCAAGUCCUCGCAGUUCUCUUCAGAAGAAAAAUCCCUAGUACUCUGCUCUUGCCAUAAUACCAAACCUUUUGACUUAACGCUUUGGUGCUGCGACACUGGAAGAAUUGCACACAGGUUCCAGGAAUAUCUGUUUUUCAUUUGAGUGAUUCUUUGUGGAUGGAAAACUAUUUGAAUCUUAAUAAUUACCUUGUUUUAAAGCUAUUUCUCUAUAGUCUGAACUGCUUAAUAAGUUGGGUCACCUACCAAUGAGCCACACAGCCAGUUCUUGUCAGGAGCUGGUUGAAAACUGUGCUGUGCAUGUAGCAGGGAUGGCACAAGAAGACAGCCGUCGUGGUCAAGUGCCAUCUACCUUUUAUCAUGGUGCCAACCAAGAACUCGACCUUUCCACCAAAGUGUACAAAAGGGAAUCAGGAAGUCCUUAUUCUGUGUUAGUGGACACCAAGAUGAGUAAACCACAUCUCCACGAAACAGAGGAACAGCCGUAUUUCAGGGAGACAAGAGCAGUGUCUGAUGUGCAUGCCGUGAAAGAAGACCGGGAGAAUUCUGAUGACACAGAAGAGGAAGAGGAGGAGGAGGAGGAGGUCUCUUACAAAAGGGAGCAGAUCAUAGUGGAGGUAAACCUUAAUAAUCAAACAUUAAAUGUGUCUAAAGGGGAAAAGGGUGUCUCUUCUCAGUCCAAAGAGACUCCUGUUCUUAAGACAAGCAGUGAGGAGGAAGAGGAAGAGAGUGAGGAAGAGGCCACAGACGACAGCAAUGACUAUGGAGAGAACGAAAGGCAGAAGAAAAAAGAGAAGAUAGUGGAGAAAGUCAGCGUCACACAAAGGAGAACCCGGAGAGCUGCCUCUGUUGCUGCAGCUACCGCUGCCCCUACUCCCAGAGCUACGAGAGGGCGUAGGAAGAGUGUAGAGCCACCUAAGCGUAAGAAGCGGGCCACAAAGGAGCCCAAAGCACCAGUCCAGAAAGCUAAGUGUGAAGAGAAAGAGACUCUGACCUGUGAGAAGUGCCCCAGGGUGUUUAAUACUCGCUGGUACCUGGAGAAGCACAUGAACGUUACUCAUAGGCGCAUGCAGAUUUGUGAUAAGUGUGGCAAGAAGUUUGUCCUGGAAAGUGAGCUGUCCCUUCACCAGCAAACAGACUGUGAAAAAAACAUCCAGUGUGUGUCCUGUAACAAAUCCUUCAAGAAACUCUGGUCCCUUCAUGAACAUAUCAAGAUCGUCCAUGGAUAUGCAGAGAAGAAGUUUUCCUGUGAAAUUUGUGAGAAGAAAUUUUAUACCAUGGCUCACGUGCGGAAGCACAUGGUUGCACACACGAAAGACAUGCCGUUCACAUGUGAAACCUGUGGAAAAUCAUUCAAGCGUAGUAUGUCACUCAAGGUGCACUCCUUGCAGCAUUCUGGAGAGAAGCCAUUCAGAUGUGAGAACUGUGACGAGAGGUUCCAGUACAAGUACCAGCUGCGCUCACACAUGAGCAUCCACAUUGGGCACAAGCAGUUCAUGUGCCAGUGGUGUGGCAAGGACUUCAACAUGAAGCAGUACUUCGACGAGCACAUGAAGACCCACACUGGAGAGAAACCCUUCAUCUGUGAAAUCUGCGGCAAAAGCUUCACCAGCCGCCCCAACAUGAAGAGGCACCGCAGGACGCACACCGGCGAGAAGCCCUACCCGUGCGACGUGUGCGGCCAGCGCUUCCGCUUCUCCAACAUGCUCAAGGCCCACAAGGAGAAGUGCUUCCGGGUGACCAGCCCGGUGAACGUGCCGCCGGCCGUGCAGACCCCGCUGGCGGCUGCCCCCGCCGCCCCGCUCCCCUCAGUGGCCAGCACGCCUGCGACCCCGGCCCCGCCGAUCAGCAUGAACCCGGGCAGCGCCCUGCCCCCCCGGCCCAUCCCCCACCCCUUCUCGCACCUGCACAUCCACCCGCACCCGCACCCCCCGCACCACCUGCCCAUCCCUCCGGUGCCUCACCUCCCCCCGCCCCCCGCGCUCUUUAAGAGCGAGCCCCUGAACCACAGAGGCCAGAGCGAGGACAGCUUUCUGCGGCACCUGGCGGAGAAGCCGAGCGCGGCGCAGCACCAUUAGCGGCCGCCCGCGCGGGAAGCCCCCCACCCACCGCGGCCUCCUCCACGGCCUCGCCCGGCCUCUCGGGGACCCACGAUGGAGAAGGCGGCGUCAGCUGGCCCGGGGGAGCUGCCGAACUGAAGCCCAAUUUGCUUGCAUUUUCUGAUGACUUUUAUAAAUUUCGAAUACUGACUUGUGGAAUUUUAUAAUUUCAUAUCAGCUGAUGAGGUAUGCUUGCUUUUAUACCCUGGACUUCCCCUCAAAGAGGGGACAGGCCUGGUUCCUUUGUACUAAUCCGGAGGGCUGUGAGAUUAAUCCAGAGCAUUAAUCGUAUCACUGUGUAUGGCAACGAGUUCUCAGCGUCGGGUGCCGGCUGCAGCGGCGAGCUGGCCGCCCCCACGGUAGAUCAAGCAUUAUAGAGACAGAGAUUUUCUUCUUUGUGUAGCUCUCCUAACGCACUCUUUAUUUUACUACAGAAAUUAUUUUAGAGUUUUUGUAUAGACUUCUUUAGUAGCCUGUUUCUAAAAUGAAAUGUAUUUCAAUAAGCGGUGUAAUUUUUUCAGUGUAGCUGAACCUAUGUUGUAAAAUAGAGGAAAUUUUUAUAAUCAUCAAAAUGUGAUUCUUAAAGAUGCAUAUAACUUCUAUAAUUCAAAGUAACUCUUACGUCCGUACAACUCAGAGGUGCUGUCCCCAGAGGGUCACCAGGCCAGGCCCCCGCAGACACCAGCUCCUGCUCUGGGAACCUGGAGUGAGUGCUUGGUAGUUUAUAGUAAUCUCUGCUUAACACUCUGACGUUGCUGCCGUGCUGGGUGCCGCUAGGGAGGGGAAUGAAUGGCAGGGGCGGGGGCCCUCCAGGAGAAGCUGCCUGGAGCCUGCGCCUGGUGGGGAGAGCCGAGGGAAUCCCGCCCUCCCACCCUGCACCCGCAGGAGGCAACGGCAGGUGGGUCUCGUCAGCCCUGUGACUGCCUCCCUUAGGAACUGUGUUCGUGUUUAACUUUCAUGGGAUGACAAAUGCAAGUCUCUUGUUUUGAGGUUGCUCUUUUUUUUUUUUUUUUUAAUCAGAAGCUAACCUAGUAAAUCACAAACGUGACAUCAGUGGUUGAGAAAUCUGGAUAAGGCAAAUUGGUUGUGAGUUUUAAAGUCUCUUACUGAUAAAAUGUGGACGUGCCCACAGCUUGGAGCUAUUUUAAGUUUGGCGUGUGGUUAGGGAAAGCCCUGGGCUUGGCGGCCGCGUCCCAUGCGGGUGAUGGAGAGGGCUGUCCCUCCCACCCCAGCACACAGGUCGCUUUUUCAGGUGUGGGAACUUCAGAGGAGCAUGGUCACCCAGGAGCUGACUCCGGGAAAGGCCUGUCAGAAGGGCGAACGCGUUGGGUACAUUGAACUGAGCGAGUGUUAUCAUCUCAGAGAGUCGAGUUCCGAGGCCAGGUCGCUUUCCCCUCACCUCCCCCAUCCAUAUUUUUAUUCCUGAAAUUCCUUCGUUUUUCUUCUCUCAGGCUCUUAAAUCAUUGCCUGAAUCAGAACUCUGGCUUUUAUUUAUUUUCUAUUUUUAAUAUUAAUGUGCAGAUAUACUUUAAGCACUUUUCUGGCUGUUUAGCUCUAUAGCAGGAAAAAAAUGGAACUCUUGGAGUUGAGGCCGAGGCCCUCUUUUAAAGAUGACACAUCCUCUGUUAGCUUUUUGAUUUGGUGUGUCCAAAUUUUCUCCUUCUGGUCUUACUUUGUCUUCAGAACACAUAGGAAAAUUUUGCAGUGAGGCGGAAAAGUAUCUCAGGACACACUUUUGCAGUUUGGGGAGGUGAGUUUUAAAGAAUGGUAUGUUUAGCAUGUGUGUGUAUUCUCUGAGCACCCAGUUACCCAAACCAGCAAGGAAAGUGGAUUCCUCGCUGAUGACUUUGGAGCCCCAGUGACUGUCCCCUCCCCCUCUACUUUGCACUCCACGACAGGUUUGUCCGUCUACACUGCUGCGUAGACAGAUCACUAUUUCAUGGUCAAGCCUGUCAUACUAAAAUAAUUUUUAAAUAUGUAAAUUGUAGCUUAGUUAAUUGGUUGUACGUUAUUUUGUCCUAUAUAAAUUUACAGUACUGGGCGGCAAUCCUGAAUUCUAGACUUGAGACCAUUGAAUCAACCAUUUCAUGAGGUGUACUACAGUUAUACACUGGAAAAUUCAGGUAGUUAACUUUGAUUUUUUCAUUCAAGCAACUAUAGCCAUAAGAAAAAAAAAAUGCUACAGAGGAAAACCAGUAUUAAGCAAAACCACCACCAUCCUUAACAGAAGCAAAAAAUAAGGGCAGGGGGUUACUUACAAAAAUUAACAUUGUCACACAGUACAAUUCUUAGUAAAAUGUAUUGUGGAACAAUCUCCAAAUUCCAGUUCUUUUCCCUAGAGAAUUAAACCUUCCCCGACUUGGGAUUUGUGCUUAGGAUUUAAUGCUUCUUCAUCACUGUCAUAUUAUGUAUGGAUAGUGGGUAACAAUGCAUUAAGAAUAUUCACGUUACUGCUUCUGAAUAUUAAGAACUGCAGGAUUAAGCCUUAAACAUACGUAUGCAUCAGGUUUAACAUGCAUAAGACUCAAACUCAGGGUUGAAAAAUGUGGUUGGGGCCCUCCACUGAGGAAAGUUGCGUUCUGUGAUGUGUUCUCUCCCGAGUGAGUUCUUCCCGGCUGGUUACCUGCUUGUUAUCUGUGUAUGAGAAAAGGUGUGGAGGAGUUUGAGUUCUAGCCCCUGUCUGUGCUUACCGUCUUUCGAGACAACAGGGGCCACAUGUGAGCACUAUGUAGAUAGCGGAUGAGGUUGUCUGUCGGGACCGCAUUUCACUGUUUUCGGGGGCUCGCGGCAUUGCCCGGGUUAAGGCUCACUCAGAGGAAAGCCCCACGACUUUGUUGAGUUGGCCUUGCAUUUUAUUUCCCCUUCAUCUUUCUGUUCUUUCCUCCUGGAUUUAUCAAUUUAGCUGUCGCCUCUUCCUUAGGCUUCCGAAAAGGCGGCUGCUCUUCCCGGAAUGGGCUUGGGUAGACUCACGCAGAGCUAGAUUUUUAAGUUUGAGUGAUGGAAAGACGACCCCCAGCCCUCUCCACGGAUGUCAGUGAUUUCAAUCUUGGCUUUAGCCAGCAGGGGAGGGUCUCCACAGGACCCUGGGCUGUAGUUGGAGGAACCUGCGGACCUCCGUUAGGGAGACUUGCGUCCUCUGCCACUUUGCUGAGCUGUCCCUUUUCACUGCGGUUCGUGCUGCCCCUCGGUCCAGGUGUCGUCCGUGCACUGACUGACAAAGGAGCUCUGAAGAGGCGCUUGUCCCCUGGGAAUGUCUCACUUCUUGCAAGUGUUUCUGCUCCAAUUUUCAAGUUUGUUGAAUGGCCCUGUUUGUUUCAUUUCAUUGUGAUCUUACAGGAAGUUGUCAUUUGUGAGGGGGAGGUGCAGCAGAUAGAAAUCCGUCGCAGACACGUACACAGCCCAGCCCUGCAGGUCAGUCAGUAAAACAGUGGGAGGUGGGUUUCAGUGUAAAAAGGAAGAAAGAAGACUGGGUUGGAGAACUCUGCGUUCAGGCUGCUGUACAGAAAAGGCGCUUUACUGCAUUGCUGACCCUAAACGCUUUCCUGCUGUUUAGGCCAAUGGGAAGUCUUUAAUGGGAGGGGGUAAAAGUUACAGUUAUGAAUUUUAUCAGCUGUUGUUUUAAAAAACCAUCUCACUUGGAAUUCUUCAGACUAUAAAAAUUGAGCAAGUAAAUAUUGGGUUUAAAUCUUCCUUUGCUAAAACCAAGAUAGAAAAUUUUCCAAAAGAUCAUUUUUUCCAGGAGCAAAAGGAGCCGCAAGCCAUCGCAGAGCGCAGCGUGAUUCUGCGGUGACAGCGCCCUGGCCACUGUAGCUUUUAUAAGGAACCACCUGACCUUGGCCCCCCGACACUACCUCAAUAAAGCAAACCAGGGAUGCUCGGCUCGCUCUCCGUGGAAGCCAUAGCAGUCGCUGUCAGUGUAUCCACGUCCCAGCCCCCAGCCUGGCUGCAGACUCUUGACACCAGGCCUUUCAGUCUUAGAGGAUGGGCUUGGGCAAGGCUCGGAGGAAAAGGAGGCUCCAUGCCUGUCCCGAUGUGGAAGCUUUGGCUUCAGCCAGCAGUCUUGUUCAGAAAACCACGCGACCACCAUUUCCCACAGGGUCGCAGGGUCGCAGAUCCAGAAGGCAGGCCGUUUGUUCGCAUGGUGGCGGGCCACGGCCUUUACAGGGGCUUCCUCUGCACCGUGUCGCUCUGCGUGUGACUCAGUGGCAGAGGUACCGUCGCCAUGUUCCCAGAGUUUUUCAUGUCUUUAUGAGGGCCAUGUGGUUUACACCUUUCUGUCCGUCUGUCUGUCUCGCGCUCUCACCCCAUGUUGUCUCACUGAAGCUCCUGUCUCUCUCUCUGUCCUCGAGUGCCUUCAGAAAGCCAGCAUCCUGGAACAUUCUUUUCCUGGUCUCAAUCCUACCUCUACUUCAUCCGCCCCGAGCACCGGCGGUGGGUUCAGCUCCAUGAGCUGGUGACAGCCACGGGCGGGGGCUUUGGACGCGUCUCAUUUUUAGGUUGCAUUUUCUGCUUUUGUUUCUAUCUUUUAUUUUUUCACAUAUCACGUCUCCAGGGUUGGAAGAGUUCAUCCUUAACUCUUUCUUUCUGCAAGGUUAUCUUUUCUCACCUGAAGUCUUCCUGAAUGCCCACCCUCUCUGAUGCUGCUGUCGCUGCCUCCUGGUCCUUCAUGAACAUUUUGCAAAGGUACCCGGGAGUUUCCUUUAGAUGAGUUGAGGCUCACUUGCAGGUGCGGAGCAGGUCCCUGGCUGAUGCUGCGUCUGCCUGCCCCGCCCCGCCCCGCCCCGCCCCUGGCCCUCGGAACGUGUGCUGCUUUCCUCCUUGUCCUCUGGUUCGCUCUACAAGCAUAGCAGGUGCGUGGCAUGUGAAGGGUGUCAGGAGAGGAGGUCGCAGCAUGUUCUCAUGUGACGUGAGCGCCUGGCUUCCGGGCUUCCCUGCUGUCCGUUCCCAACACGGAAAAGGAACCACCUCCUGAAAAUGAGAACAUUGGACCGUAGGUGAAGGAAAGUUGUUGAGUGUCCCAGCCUUAGUCAGAAAUCCUUCCUAGCUGGCUUAGAAUCUCCUGCCUCUUUCCUUAACAGUAGCAGUACUCAGGUUCUCAAAGCUGACUAGUCCCCCGGAGGUGGGAGGCGUUAACCCUCUCUGGUUGCACCCCAUCACGAAGGCAUCACGGGCUAUCUAGAAUGGGAAGACUAGUUCACGGCCUGCAAAAGGUGGCUUUCUAGGUGGCAGAGGUCGGUAACGAGGGUGUCUUGUUGUUUCAGAGUUUGCAUUCCCAGGAACUCUGCCUCCUGAGCAGUGCCCCGCCCCGGGAGGCAUCCCCUUCACGUCUGUUGCUUUUCUCUGCAGAGUCCCAGAUGGGGACACAGUGGUGAGGCCGCUGGUCCCAUGCCUUCCGCUAGGGGCAGAGGCGUGUCCUGCCCCUGACAAGUAUCCCCAUGGCUUUUGAGUUCCCAGGGUACUUGGACGCGACUACGGUUUCUCUGGUGAGCUGGGACCUGCCACGUGGUGUUUGUGGGACAUGCAGGACACAGGAAGGGGACAGGAAAGGGUGGAAGCUGAGCCUGAUGCUCGCGCGGGCUGGUUUUGCCGACCUGGAGAGUCUGUACUGGGUGCGGGGACUAAUCAAGUUGUUUCUGAAUAAACACAGCUUCCUCCCCGCCUGUCUUUUACAGGUGAAAGGGGCCAGGUGGUCAGGGGGAGAGAUUCUAGCUCACAUCUUGCAGGGGCUUCGAGACUAUGUCUUGUUGCAUUUCAGAGUUGCUGGGAAAUACUCGGUUCUCUCAGGACUCCGAACUCUCCUAGAAAUACCUCUUUAGGCUUGACCAUUCAGCACAUUAGGUUAACUAGAAAGGGUGUGGUGGAGUCUUGGUGUUUCCUUCUCAGAUUGUAUCCCCGCGGGUACGUAUGCAGUUUCAGCAAACUGGAUGAACUGUCCGUCAUCCCUAAGUUUGUGCAUUUUACUCAUUCUUCGCUUGCUGGGUAGGACUCCCUUCUGUCAGCAGUGUUGGCUUUGUCCACAAGGGGGCAGUAAAGUACUUUACCUUCUUUACACUCAGCCUUCUAAAGCUCCGUUUUCAGAUCUCCUCUGGACUGUCCCUCAUUACUAAAUCCAGUAGUUGCUCAGCCCUUGUGAUGCAAGCAAAGGGUGAUGUGCAGGUCUGGGGUCCUUGUGGGUCUGGCAUCAUCGUCUGUCCUGCUGGUGCCCUGCCACUGAGAGGCAGGGCCUUGCCCUUGGGGAUCCGUUGUGUACCGUGAAGCAGGAGGCGGCCCAGCGGGGGCACUGUCACAUCUCGGAGAGGGACUGGAGUGUGAGUGGGGGCACCCUCUCCACUCUGCCCCAGUCCGCCAUCAGUCACGCCCAGGCCUGCGGCCGGUGCUGCUCCAUGCUGGAACCCAGGGCUCGCCCUGCAUUGGUGGCCUGGCUUGGGGCUGUGCGUGGUCAUCAACUCUCUGACCUCAAGUGCUCUGAUUGCGGUAGACAGGUCAGAGUGAGCGAAGGGGCAGCCCCGGAGCCAGGAGGCGCCACACCUGCCCCGGCCUCUACACCACGCACCGCGGUGUCUCCUUAUAACUCCAGCGCCCAGCGUGGCGGGGUCUAGGGGGCAGGUGGCCAGAUGCGACUUGUUUGCUUUGAUCUUUGUUUUCCCGACAGAACUGAACUCACGUGCACUUUUCCUCAUUUCGAAAAAGAAAAUCCCGUUUGCUUGCCAGGAGUUGUUUAGCGUUAGGUUUACGAAGCUCGUUUGUUGAAUGUUGACUAUUUGUCCAAAGGAGUUUGACGAAUAGAAGCUGCUUGGUCCCUGUUCUGCCUGCUCGGUCAUAAGGAGGAAGGCCACGCGGCUGGGGUACUUAUGUCAAGUGCGGAGCGGGGUGGUGUCGCUCUCCUACCUCUGCGGAGACGCAAUUGAAGGUCAAGGUGGAUUGGGUGUAGGCUGUGAGGAGGUGCAGAGGAGGCUUUGGGUCGGGGAGGUGGCGGGUGGGCAGGACAGGCGCUCUCACAGUGGGGAGGACUCCAGGGAGGGGCCCCCUGGCCCGGGAACAGCGGUGAAGCGGCGGAGCCCGCGCUGCCCAGCCGCCCACGUCAUCUGCUUCCCGGCGUCCGACAGGUCCCUUGGUGUGCUGACUUCCCCCACUCUGUGUUAACUAUACCAAUAUUAUUUUUUUAGCAAUUAAAAUGCACUUUUUUUUAUUUCAACUCAAUCAUGAUUUUAAGUAUAAAAAAUUUAUAGAUUGUUAAAACUACUUUUUUGUGUAUUUUUAACCACUCAAUGUAGCAUUGUAUAUUUUAUUCUGUGAGACUCUGGUACAAGGCGUGCCGCUCAAUGACCCCCCACCCCACCCACCCCGAGAUGCCGGGCCUUUGGAUGUGUACGGUAACCAACUUAAUGCUGAUGUUCAAAGUAAAAAGCAAAAAAGUCACCGA